UUUAUAAAUUCUACCUUAAAGAUUACACAUUGCCGCCAGCUAUUAUGUGUACACUCUACUAGUAAUCUGUUCGGUACCAUUGAUUAGUCGGUACCGUCAGUACCACUUCAGCGAGGAGUAGCGACGGAAUUUUUAUUUAACGAAAAGAGAAAUCUACGUGUAAAAGAGACGAAAGUAGAUUUGUAAACAUUUGAAACGUAGAGUAUUUAAUUAUAGUGGCAGUUUUUAUUGUGACUUGAUGUUUUUUCCGUGUUUAAUAUUUUUGGAUUUAUGAUGGUAGAAGCCGUAAGCGAACAGGUAAAUCAGUGGUUACAAGAAGAUUUGACAACACAGCCUUCCGUAACUUUGAAAAUUUCAGACAUGGAUUCAAAAGAACUAACAACAGUGAUAAUAUUUGUGAUAUUAGCUAUUAUAGUGAUUACCUUAUUAUUUGUCAUCGCCAUAUUCAUUGACUGCCGGCAACAAAAGUUACAAAAUUUGCAGUCCAAACCGAAAAAAACAUUGUUGAAACUGAAGCUUCCAGUGCCUGUUAUACUUGGCCGUGCAAUAAGAGAAGAUCAACAUUCUAUAUUGGAUAAAAUUGAAUAUGGAGAACCUUCUACUUCAAAUGGAAAUAUAGCAUAGCAGUAUCAUAAGAAUUAUUAGCGUUAAUUUUUCAAAAUAAAUUCUUUGGAAUCCAUUUUAGGUCUGCACCAAUCAAAAGUGAUAUAUUAUGUAAUUAUUAUACUCAAAAGAUUAAAAGACAUUAUUAUUGUUUUUGUUUAUCAAAGAUGUUAUUUUGCAAUAUUCAUUCACUUUUAGGCGCCUGCAAGAAAAUAAAUCAGAUUGUAAACUCACAAAAUGUUUGUAGGCAUUAAGGCGAUUAUGAAGUUCAUUAGUUCUUGGCUAUUUUCAAAAAUUAUAGCUUGUAGUGAAAAAUACAAAAUUGUAUCAAGAUUUACAUUCAUGAAAAAAAAAGACAAAUUUAUCUUCAAUGUGAACAGAUUUAAUUUGCCUCUAGUAGCAUCGGUUAUCUCUUCUUUGCAUGAUUUUUUCUUUAUUGGUAAAAUAAAUCAAGGUGAUAUAAUUCAUAUUCAAAAUUAAAGGAAAAAUAGUUGAAAAACUAAUUUUAUGUUUAUGACCAAAAACAAUAUGAUAGAAAUUUCUAUCAUCAUUAACAGAACAAUUAUUUUUAUUUAUACACAAAUUGACCACAUUUACUGCAAGAAAUUUACAAUCAGGAUAUUUGCACUGGAGUGACCCAUCUACUGUUGGCCAAUGUUCAGCACCAUCUCUUAUAUAUUUUGAAGGUGGAGAAGCUGGAAAACCCUUUUUAUUUUUUAUUGUAGUUUAUCCUCAAGGGUGCUGAUGCUUUGACGACCUCGUUUAGUCUAAUUCAUUUAAGAAUUGGCUCAUUGUUAAUAUAUUUUUCUUAUGGUAGUAUCUUUCUACGAAAUUUUAUAAAUUACGCACGCAUUUAUAACUGCAAGAUCCAGUAAAAGAAAAAAUCACGCAAAUACCACUUUAUUGACCUUAUAGUUAUAUGGUUUCCAUCCAAAAAACUAUUCAUAAGGUCUAAACCUCCUACAUGUCUAUUGUCCUCUUGAACAAUAGAUGGACAAGUAAUUCAAAUUUUUUCUUUUGUCUUGUCAUAUUUGGAAACCACAGCGACAUGUAAAGCCUCAGCAUAGGUGAAUUAGAGGAUUACCUUUUUAAUAUCCUUCCCAGCCACAAAACUCAUGUCUACAGCAUGAAGUGUAGGUACUUUUACUUCGUAACUUCCUCAGGGCAUUUUUUUCUGUCUAGUAAUUUAUUAUUUUGUUGGGCAGUUCCACUGUGUGAAUUCCUUGUUUUGCUAAGAAAUAUACCAAUUAUUGGAGUAAAUAAUGUGAUUUAUCAUUCUUGGUACUCCCCCAAAUGAAACACCAUAUUUCCUGUAGCACCAAGAUCUGGUUCUAAAUUAGAGAACACAUAUAAUUUUAAACCCCAUUUUUUGGGCAGAUAUUGUUUUAGGAAAUGUCCGAGUGUCCGAACAUUUUCUGACAUAUACAAAACAUCUGAUCGUUGUUUAUCACUCGAGUGCCAUCUGGAGGUACGGCGCGAAUGUAAAAACCCUACUUUGAUCUCUCCUAUUUAUUAUAACUAAUUGAAAUGUAUUAAAAAAUUUGAAAAUUAGAUUAUUUCUAUAAUAAUAACAAAAGCAAACGUUAUAUCUUUUCAAUUUUGUGUAUAAUUGACCUAAAAAUCAUAAUAAAAAAAUUGUUGGGUCGUGUAACUAAUGAUGAUAGUACAUCAACUUUUUUAAAUGAUUAAAAACUUGUCAACCUACUAUAUACUAUAGUUAUUUUCGGGUAUUGAAUAUUUGCAAACCAAUCUUCAUUGUAAUAAAUGUAUAUUUAUCCAAAAUGAAUGUAAAUAAACAUGUAUAAAAUUGUCUUUAUUAUAAUAAAGAAUAAAUAACGAAAAUAAA